CGCAGCUCCGGGCGCGGCCUGGGCCCCCCGGCCAUCUCGGAGCUGGACAGGGCGGACGCCGCGUUCCUCAGGAAGGCCCACGAAACCGGGUUUCUCUCCUGGUUUCGGAACGGCCUGCUGGCUACCGGCAUUGGGGUGAUCUCGUACGUUCAGAGCGACAUGGGGCGUGAAGCAGCGUACGGCUUCUUCAUCCUCGGGGGGAUCUGCGUCUCGUACGGCGGCAUCUCCUACCUGGCCAGCCUCUUCCUGCUCCGCCGCACCAUGCUGCUAACCUUCUCCGCUGCGCUCCCCAGCUGUGCCGCGGUCACCACGGUGGUGCUGUUCUGGCUGUGCGCCGUCUCCCUCUACAUCGGCCGGCUGGAGGUGGAGAUCAUCCAGGAUGAUAACGACAAGUGCCAGGACAAGAAAAAGGAAGACGGGAAGUCGGAGAAGUGACGCCACGUUGGCUCUUGCAGGCAGUCCUUCGGAUUGUGGUUGGACGCCGUGGACUGAACCCUCCGGCCCUCGGCCACGCGGCCCAAGGGCGGCUGUAUUGCGAACGAGGGACAGGCGGGGGCUUGGCUGCUUUGUAUUUAUUGCAGGGUUUCCUGGUGGGCUCCGGGAAGCGAUGGCUGCAGAAAUCUGUUCCCGGGAGGCCCGUCGGCCGUGCUGGUGCCCCGGCAGCAAGCGUGCGCCCCGGCCGAAGAGGAUCCCAAGGGGCCCUCGACGGCACGCGAGCCUCCUGCCGAGGGCCCCUGGGCGGCCCUGCGCCCCAGCUUCAGCCAGGCCGCACGCUCGAAAGCGGCCUCCAGCUAAGGAUAGCUCAGCAGUAGCCGGUCCUGUGUGUGUCCCCCGUAGUGCUUUGCCUCUGCUUCUCCGGUGUUGCUGGUGCCCCGAAACAAUCCCCCCCCCCCACAUGCGUCAGAAGCGUGCUCCUUCCACCAACGGACAGCUGCUUGGCACCUCUUGCCUGGGUCUGUCGACAUUUCUAUUAAAGACACUGACACCA